GAAGUACUCAGCGGGUCGUAAGGUCAGAGGGUAAAGGUUACACCUCUUUCGAUUGAGAAUACACACGGCCAUCUUGGAUCUAACGAAGCGAAGGGAAAUUGAUGCGGUGACAAAAGGCAUGUUUGGUGCUAGAAAGAAAUUUGUGGAGUUCGUCGAGGUAGUCGACAACGACUUCUCAGAUGAGAACAUGUACUACAGCCAGCCGUCGAUGUUCCCACAUCGGUCGGACAAAGACUCCUCAAAUGUUUUCCUCCAGAUGCUGUCCUCUCCUUCACCAUCGUCGUCGGGCCAGUUGUCGCAGCUCGGUGCGAGUUUGUACGGUCCACAAAGUGCACUCGGCUUCUCGGUAAGGGGGAUGGGAAACAAUACGCCUCAGUUAAACCCAAAUCUAACACAAGGCACGCAGCUACCAAGUCAUAUCACCCCCACAACAGGGGUCCCCACCAUGUCCCUCCAUACCCCUCCAUCACCGAGCAGGGGGUUGAAUUCGAGGAACAUGCUGAACCACUCUCAGGUCGGUCAAGGAAUUGGGAUGAGCGGCAGGACCAACAGUAUGGGCAGCUCGGGGCUGGGAAGCCCCAACCGCAGUUCACCCAGUAUCAUCUGUAUGCCCAAACAGCAGCCAGCACGCCAGGCCUUCACCAUCAACAGCAUGUCAGGAUUUGGUAUGAACCGAAAUCAGGCUUUCGGGAUGAACAGCUCAUUAUCAAGCAGCAUCUUCAAUGGCACAGAUUGCGUGUUCAUGACUGUUGCAGAUGGAAGUGAAAAUGUAACAGGACUGGAUCUGUCAGACUUCCCUGCAUUAGCAGACAGGAGUCGGAGAGAAGGAACUGGAAACCCAACACCGGUGCUCAACCCACUGACUGGACGGGCUCCCUACGUUGGCAUGGUGACGAAGCCAUCAACAGAACAGACACAGGAUUUCUCCAUCCAUAACGAGGACUUCCCUGCACUGCCUGGCCCAAACUAUAAGGACCCCUCGUUGAACAACGACGACAGCAAAACUAACUUGAACUCAACAAGCAAGAGCACAUCCAAUGCAGAUGGGCCCAAGUUCCCCGGAGACAAGACGACCUCAGCACAGAACAACAACCAGAAGAAAGGGAUCCAGGUGUUGCCCGAUGGUCGGGUGACGAACAUUCCCUCCGGCAUGGUGACAGACCAGUUCGGCAUGAUUGGCCUGCUGACGUUCAUCCGGGCAGCGGAGACCGAUCCAGGGAUGGUCCAUCUGGCGCUAGGAAGUGACCUCACGACACUUGGACUUAAUUUAAACUCGCCAGAAAACCUGUACCCCAAGUUUGCCUCCCCCUGGGCAUCGGCACCGUGUCGACCACAAGACAUCGACUUCCACGUUCCAUCGGAGUAUUUAACCAACAUCCACAUAAGGGACAAGUUGGCUGCAAUUAAACUGGCUCGAUACGGCGAAGACCUGUUGUUCUACUUGUACUACAUGAACGGAGGAGACCUGCUGCAGCUCCUGGCGGCCGUGGAGCUCUUUAACCGGGACUGGAGGUAUCACAAAGAGGAGCGGGUCUGGAUAACGAGGGCCCCUGGCAUGGAGCCUACACUGAAGACUAACACCUACGAGAGGGGAACCUACUACUUUUUUGAUUGUCUUAACUGGAGGAAAGUGGCCAAGGAGUUUCAUCUGGAGUACGAUAAGCUGGAAGAGAGGCCUCACGUGCCAACAACAUUCAACUACAACCCAGCCCAGCAGGCCUUCUGAGGCCCGACCAGUCCAAAGGCCGCGGCGGGUUCCUGCGCACAACACCUUUGUCCAGGGAGAGGCGCUGUGUGGUUUUUAUUCCUCGAGGAUUUGGCUCUGUGACUGCGGGGGCUGUCGCCACCACCAUUUAAAACUGCCCUGCCUUUUCCAAAAUUUACAUGCUGCCCAAAACACCAACACUUGUUCUGUUUUUAUUCUUUAUGUUCCUCCUGUUUUUCUUUUGUUUUUUUUUUUGUUUUUUUGUUUUGAGCAGGGUCUGUGUUAUGUUUACGUCUCUGAAUCUGAAGCCUGUUUUCUCCCAGGAAAGGAGGACUGACCUUGUGCCACAGGACAAGUGACAGAACAAAAGGUUGCGCCUCGUAAAUUUACAGCAAGUUGUUUCAGAGAGGGGAAGGUGGGGGAAAAACAAAAGUUAACAUCCUCAGAUGUGAGUGAAAGGGUGAAAGAAAUGCAAUGUUUAUUGUUGCACUAUAUUUAGUAAUAAAAGAACACAAAAUUUUGUUUGUGCUUUUUUAUGUGAAACACUCCCUGAUGAUUUAUUUUUUAUUUUCCUUUUCCAUUUCCUUGUUUUCGGGUCAGGGAGUUCUUUCAGCUUUCCCACACGCAUCCCUUUUUCAUCUCACCCUAUGUUUUUUUUUUGAUUUAGUUUUUUUCUUGAACAUGACUUUGAUUCCUCCAACUUCUGUAUUUGCACCACUUCCACAGUUUUCCCGUCUCUUGGUCCAUUUCAUUCUCUGUCCCGUCUUCUGUGACUUCUUUUGCCGGCCCGAACAUGGACACAAAUCUGGGAGACUGCUUUUCGGAGAAAUCCUCACAGACGCUCGACGGCUACUUGACUUUUCUCCAGAGCAAAUGAAAACACUUUCCAGUCUUUGUUACGAUUUUGUAAGAAAUGUGUACAUUUUUUUUUCCUUUGCAUCACAUAAAUUAGUGUAUGUAUGUACGAAUGUGUAUAUAUGAUUGCUAUAUAUAUAUAUAUGUAUGUAUAUAUAUAUAUAUGACAUCUAUUUUGGAAGAAAUUUUGCCCUGCUUUGUACCUCGUUUUUAUGAGGUGAGCACGGACGCAAUAUGUGGACGUAACAGGAAUUUUUCUGGAUCUGCUGGACAGGGUGUCACAUGGCACUGUGGGCACUUAACAUCAAAGUAAUACAAAAAAAAAAAAAAAAACUUCAAUGUCAUUCAAGGAAAGGCCUGAUUCUCUUCCCAAAAAGAAGAAGAAGAAAAAAAAAACGAGAGAAAAAUAAACGUGGAGAUCAUUACCUGAGUUUUAAGUCCAUGGCAACAGAAGGGAUGUAUUUCAGUUCAAGCUGUUUGAACAGCGGUGAACAGCAGCAUUUCAUAGCAAACGGAAAACGUGACAAAUUGAGGAGAAGAAAAAAAAAUAAAUAAAAA